AUGGCGACCCCUACGCUCAACUUCAUUACGUUCAACCAAGACCAUAGCUGCCUUGCUGUUGGCACAUCCAAAGGCUUUGGCAUCUAUCACACGGACCCGUUCUCGCGCAUAUUCAGCAGUGAUGACGGUAAUAUCGCCAUCAUCGAAAUGUUGUUCUCAACCUCCCUAGUCGCCCUCAUUCUUUCUCCUCGCCAUCUGAUAAUUCAAAACACCAAGAGGGCUUCGGUCAUAUGCGAACUGACCUUUCCAUCCGCCGUCCUGGCCGUACGACUAAAUCGCAAGCGGCUGGCCGUUGUCCUCGAGGAGGAGAUAUACCUUUACGACAUCAGCAACAUGAGCCUUCUCUACACCAUCCCCACCUCCCCGAACCCAUCGGCCAUAUGCGCGCUAUCAGCAUCCUCCGAGAAUUGCUUCAUCGCAUAUCCGCUUCCCAAACCGAGAGAAGAGUCCGAUAGCAGGCGGCCCCCUCAUGCUCCACCACAGUCGGCAUAUGUUGCUCCUACGUCGGGCGAGGUUCUCAUGUUUGACACCUUGACUCUCAAAGCUGUUAACGUUAUAGAAGCUCAUCGAUCGCCGCUAUCUUGUAUCAGUCUCAACAGCGAAGGCACGAUGUUGGCAACUGCAAGCGAGACGGGUACCAUCAUUCGUAUAUUUUCGGUGCCCCGAGGCCAAAAGCUCUAUCAGUUCCGGCGUGGAACAUAUCCUUCAACCAUAUACAGCAUGUCCUUCAACCUCAGCUCAACGCUGCUUUGCGUCUCCUCCGCGUCAGAUACAGUACACAUAUUUCGACUUAGCUCUCCGAGACAAGAUCGGUGGUCCCGAGCGAGAAGCCACGACGGUGCAGAUUCACCCAAUGCCAGUGCCGCACCCGCUAAUCGCAGCCAAAGUGGUUCUUUUAGCAGUAUGCUACGCCGGUCAUCUCAAAUCAUGGGUCGCGGAGUUGUCGGCGUUGUAGGCUCCUACCUUCCGCAAUCAGUCACUGAGAUGUGGGAGCCACUCAGAGACUUUGCUUAUAUCAAAAUCCCAAAGACCACUGGACUCGGAGCUGGAGCUCGAGUACCCGGUGGGCAAAGCUCUGGCCCACUUCGCAGUGUCGUUGCAAUGAGUAGCAGCAGCCCCCAGGUUAUGGUGGUAACCAGUGACGGCGGCUUUUACGUCUAUAACAUUGAUAUGGAGAAUGGUGGAGAGGGUUAUCUCGUAAAACAGUUUUCAGUUCUAGAGGGGGAUAGCAAAAGUGAUCCUUCGGCCUAA